CGGGAUCACUUCCGCUGCUGAGGUCAGGCACCGCCCCGCUCGGCCGGCAUCGCUCAAGGCGCUGGAGUCAAGAUGGAGGAGUACGCGCGGGAGCCUUGCCCCUGGAGGAUCGUGGAUGACUGUGGUGGUGCCUUUACCAUGGGAACCAUAGGCGGUGGGAUCUUCCAGGCCAUCAAAGGUUUCCGCAAUUCUCCAGUGGGAGUAAACCACAGGCUGCGAGGGAGUUUGACAGCUAUUAAAACCAAAGCUCCGCAGUUGGGAGGGAGCUUCGCAGUCUGGGGAGGUCUCUUUUCCAUGAUCGACUGCAGUCUGGUUCAGGUUCGAGGGAAGGAAGACCCCUGGAACUCCAUCACGAGCGGCGCCUUGACAGGAGCCAUACUGGCGGCAAGAAAUGGCCCCGUGGCCAUGGUCGGCUCCGCUGCGAUGGGUGGCAUUCUGCUGGCUUUGAUCGAAGGAGCCGGUAUCUUACUGACAAGAUUUGCCUCUGCACAGUUUCCCAACGGUCCGCAGUUUGCCGAAGACCCGUCCCAGUUACCUUCGACCCAGUUGCCGCCCUCCCCUUUUGGUGACUAUCGGCAGUAUCAGUAGGACUUCUUCCCCAGGAUCCCGUGACAGGAUGAGCUGUAGUUCAAAAGGGAUUCCAGAAGAUCGAGUUAGUCUUUUAAAAACAUUGACGGGACAACUACGGCCAAACAGGCAAUGAAGAGACACUCAACACUUUUUCUAUUUAAUGAAACAUGGAGAGUGUAAAAGAUUGUUCAUUUAUUUAUUUACACUUGGGUUGCCUUUGUGAUCAAAAUAAAUGUCUAAUAUCUUGAAAAUCAAGUAUGCUAAAAUGCUUAGGAAUUGAAGGACCGGAGGGCUAAUAGCAGUGAGAUUCAGGCUGUCGUUUGCUUGGACACUUCUCACCCAGUUUUGUAUGUCCUGUUAGUCAAACAAUAAAGCAAGCUCCUGGGACUCACUCUUUUAAGACAAGUUAUAGAGUUCUACGUUUCAUCCUUGACUACUUAAGAUCGUGCCAAGUUCACUGAAAGUUCCCCGCAUUUGAUUGGUGGUAAAUUAUGUCUGAGAUGAAUUGUGCUGUGCACAGUGAUAUUAUAUGGAUUGGAGACUGUGGUGAAAUACCUUUACUUUGAAAAUCAAAUAUACUUUGAUUUUCUUGGUCUUGAGGAUGGCAGAUUGAAAAAAAAAGAGCGCUUUCUACCUUUGAUGCACCCGUGUUUGAUCAUCAGAAACCUCAGCAGAAGCAGUUUGCUUCCUGUCUAUCCAAUUCUGAGGAUUUGUGGAGGGAGGGGAUCACUGGGGAAGCUUGGUUUUAUGUGUGUUUGAAAAUAAAAUAUAUUGUUUUUAGUGUG